AGUAUUUGUGGAUAUUUUGUUCAAGUUAAAUCGAGGAGAAAAUGCAUAAAAAUUUAUUAAUAAUCUUAUCAGCAUUUCUUUAUAUUGUACUAGCAGUUCAAAUCAAUAAUGCGGAAUCAGAAACUUAUCGGCUACCGAAUCAGACUUAUCCUGAAAGCUAUGACAUUCGAUUAGUCUUCAAUAGAAACCUCGAUCAAAAUAUAACAAUAUUUUCAGGAGCUGCUGUAAUUAACAUAAUAAUUCUUGAGGAUGUAGAUUCUAUAACUCUACACAGUUCUGUUAGAAAUAUUAAUAUGGUUACAGAAAAAUUUUUAAAUUUACUAAUUGAUUACGAAUCGGAUAGUGCCCGAGAAUUCUUAAUAAUUAAGAGAGUAGAUGGUGAAAAUUUCAAAAAUAAUACAAAAGUUCAAAUUGAAAUACAAUUUACGAGUGAUAUUGUGGAGUCGCCAAAACAUCGAGGUGUCUAUCGAGGAAGCUACUUGGAUGAAAAUGCUGUUAGAAAAUACUAUCUAGCAACACACAUGCAGCCUACUUAUGCACGAAAAGUAUUUCCAUGUUAUGACGAGCCAAAGUUUAAAUCAGUCUUUAAUUUAACAAUUAUAUAUUUAAGUGGAUAUCAUGCAAUUUUCAAUACAGAUUCGAUUUUCGGUGAACAAGAACUUCUACCAACAAAUUUGUUAUUGAAAGAUUUCGAACCAACUCCUUUAAUGCCAACAUACUUGCUUGGAUUCGUUAUUUCUGAUUUUUCGUCUUAUGAACGUGAAAAGGAAUUUAAUGGAAUUAAGCAUCGAGUAUUUUCACGUCCAAAUCAAGUAAAUAAUACAGUUUUCGGAGAAGAAACUGCAAGACUUGUUCUAGGAAUGUUUGAAACUUACUUUGAUGCUAAAUAUGAUCUAAAGAAGCUUGAUCAAGUCGCAUUGCCACAAUUCAAUUACGGUGGAAUGGAAAACUAUGGAAUUAUUUUUUAUCGUGAAGAUGCACUCCUUUAUGAAAAGGAUGUGACGACUAUUUUUGAUAAAGAAUUUGUAGCAGCAACUGUUGUUCAUGAGGUUUGCCACAAAUUCAUAGGAAAUUCAGUAACUUAUCAUUGGUGGUCUGUUUUGUGGCUUGCUGAAGGAUUUUGCAGAUUUUAUGAAUACGAAAUGACUCACUUUCUCUAUCCACAAAUGAGAUUAAAUAGUCUGUUUGCUGUUGAGGCAAUGCAUCCCGUAAUGAAACGAGAUUCAUCACCUUUGAUCCGACCAUUGACAUUGUAUGUUGAGACACCAAGUGAAAUUAGAAGCAUGUUUGAUUCCAUCUCAUACAGCAAAGCUGCAAGUGUCAUUAGGAUGUUCCAUUAUGCCUUAUCAGGAGAAACCUUCAGACAUGGCCUUCAAAUUUAUAUCAACAAGAGCACAUCAAAUCCAGAAGGAAUCGCAGAACCAAAACAUUUUUAUAAAGCACUUCAAAUAGCAAUUAAUGACUCUUCAGUUCAUGUUGCCAAUUUAUUCGAAACUUGGGAGUUUCAAUCUGGUUAUCCAAUAUUGUAUGUCACUAGGAACUACAAUGGAAAUAAUAUCAUGAUAUCUCAAAAACGAUUUACGGAUGAUAUUAAGAAUGGAACAGAAUACAAUGAGCUAUGGAGUAUCCCAAUAACAUAUUCAACAAAGUCAAAUCCAAACACACUUACUCCUCCACAAUUUUGGCUGCAUAGCAGACAAAUGGAAUUAAAUAUUAGAGGAUUAGGAUCAAAUGAUUACAUCAUUGCAAAUGUUGAGCAAAAAGGAUACUACCGAGUGAUGUAUGAUGAACCUAAUUGGGUAUUAAUAGCUAAAGAACUAGAAGAAGGAAAUUUCAAUCAUAUUCCACCAAAUACGCGCGCUAUGCUGAUUGAUGAUGCUGCUGCUUUUGUGGAGAAAGAGAUUUUAGACAUUAGAAUAUUUUUGGACAUAAUAAAGUAUUUAAAGCUUGAGACUGAUUACAUCCCAUGGAUGUCUGCUACAAAUAGCUUGUCUUACAUGAGAAGAAUGCUGAACGACGGAAGUAGCAAAUUGUAUAACGACUUCCAGAAAUUCCUUCAAACUUUAUUCACAAAAGUGUUUGAGAAAUACGGAGUUAAGGAACAGAAUGAAAACGAGCAUCACCAGAAGCACAUAAGAAAUAUUGCCAUCAAUUGGGCAUGUCAAGCUCAUUUACCAGCUUGUCUCAAUCAAACAGCAGAGUUAUUUGACAAAGGAAUUAUGAAUUCAGAAGUUACAAUAUCAACUGAUCAUAGAGCAACAAUAAUGUGUAAUGGUGCCAUAACUGGAGGUGUUUUAAUUUAUGGUUUUCUUUGGGAAUCAUAUAUAAAAGCUAUUCAAGCUUCAGAAAAGUCUUUACUGCUGAAAACCAUUGGAUGCAUUGAAAAUCGUGAAAUUUUACACGAAUACAUUAGAAGAUAUAGCAGAGUCAGUGAUGAUGAAUGGUUUACAGUAAUACAAUCUGUUUAUUCAAAUGGUCCAAUUGGAUUGAAGAUCACGAUGGAAUUCUUGAAUGAUGAAUAUCAGAACUUUAAGAUAUUCAUCAACGAUCGCAUUGCAUUUAGCACACGAGAUUCAAUAUUUCGAGGAAUUGCCAACCGAGUAAUAACAGAUGAAAUGUUUGAAGAUUUUAGCAAACUGAUGACUAAGUAUGAGUUGACAAAAAGCACAAUAGAAUCAUUAAAUGCAUUGAUAGAAGAAAAUUUGGAGUGGAUUAAGAAAAAUUCACCGAUUAUUGAUAAUUUUUUGAACAGCUCUAAGAAAGUUAAGUCGGUGAAAAUGCUUAAAAUAUUAUUAAUUAUCUUAUCAGUUUGCCUUAUUGAUUUGGAAUGUGGUGAAAUUCAAGAGGAACCAAAAAGUUAUCUGCUUAAAAAUCAGACAUAUCCAGAAAGUUAUUUAGUGAUUUUAGGAGAAUUUAAUUUUGAUGACGAUAGUUUGACUGAUUUGACUUUCACCGGAACUGUCACAAUUGAUAUUGCGAUUCUUGAAACUACAAAGACAAUAACUUUGCAUAGUUCUGUAAAAAAUAUUACUAGAAUUAGAAAAAGUGUAGCUGGAGUGAGGACUUUCUUAAAUUUUACUCUUGACAAUGAAAAAGAGUUCCUUAUAAUCCACGAACCAGAUUAUAAAGACUUUGAAAUCAACACAACUGUCACAAUUCUAAUACAAUUCACGGGUAUUAUAAAUGAUUUUCCAACAACUGAAGGACUUUAUCGGGGAUUUUAUUUAGAUGGCGAAUUAAAAAAGCAUUAUUUUGUAGCAACCCAUAUGCAGCCAAUCUCUGCUCGCAAAGUCUUUCCUUGUUAUGAUGAACCAAGAUUCAAAUCUGUCUUCAAUUUGACUAUAACACAUAAAGCUGGAUAUCAUGCAAUUUCAAACACGGAUUCGUAUGAAGACAAUGACUUGACGGGACCAUUAGGGAUUUUUAUUAGGAAUUUCAAAAGAACUGCAUUAAUACCAGCAUACAUGCUCGGAUUUAUUAUUUCUGAUUUUAAAUCUAGUGAGUUUCAUGAUUUUCAAAGUGGAUUGAAAUUUCGAGUAUUUGCACAACCAGCACAGUUGGACAAAACAAAUUAUGGACUUCUUACUGGAGUUGGUGCUAUUAAUUCAAUUAAAAACUACUUUAAUGCUUCUUAUAAGUCUGAGAAAUUAGAUCUAGUUGUACUGCCACAAUUAGCUACUAAUGGUACCGAGUAUCAAGGAAUUACAUUUCAACAAGAAGAUUUAUUCCUUUAUGAUGAACAAACCGACCCUGUCUAUAAAAGUGAAUCAGUUUCAAGGAAUAUUUUCAAUAAAAUUUGCCAGACAUUUAUUGGAAGUACUUUAACACAAAGUUGGUGGUCAUCUCUUUGGGUUAAUAACGGACUUUGCAAAUUUUAUGAGUACCAGAUGGCAGAUUCCAUUUCUCCUGAUAUGAAAUUGAAAAACAUUUUUGCUAUUGAAGUAAUGCAACCUGAAAUGAAUCAUGAUUCCUCAUCUUCAGCACGUCUCUUGACAUGGGAUGAAGCGUCACCAAGUGAAAUUAGAAGCAUGUUUGAUUCCAUCUCAUACAGCAAAGCUGCAAGUGUCAUGAGGAUGUUCUAUCAUGCCUUAUCAGAAAAAACAUUCAGACAUGGUCUUCAAAUUUAUAUCAACAAGAGCACAUCAAAUCCAGAAGGAAUUGCAGAACCAAAACAUUUUUAUGAGGCACUUCAGUUAGCAGUCAAUGACCCUUCAGUUCAAGUUGCCAAUGAUUUCGAAACUUGGGAGUUUCAAGCUGGAUAUCCAAUAUUAGAUGUCACUAAAAACUACAAUGGAAAUAAUAUCAUGAUAUCUCAAAAACGAUUUACGGAUGACAUUAAGAAUGGAACAGCAUCCAAUAAGCUGUGGAGCAUCCCAAUAUCUUAUUCAACAAAGUCAAAUCCAAAUUUAAAUACGCUUCCACAAAUGUGGCUGCGUGAGCAAAACUCGGUAGAAGUUAUUGAAGAUUUACAUCCAAGUGAUUAUCUCAUAGUGAAUGUCGAUCAAACUGGAUAUUAUCGAGUCAUGUACGAUGUCAUUAACUGGCUUGCAAUUGCGAAAGAAUUGAAUCAAGGGAGUUUUAAGGACAUUUCAACAAAUACUCGUGCUAUGUUAAUAGAUGAUGCUGGUACAUUUAUGGAAAUGGAGAUUUUGGAUAUAAAGAUCUUUUUGGAGAUAAUCAACUAUUUACAGCAUGAAACUGAUUACAUUCCAUUGGUGUCAGCAACAAAUAAUUUGCUUUACAUGAGAAGAAUGCUGAAUGACGGAAGUAGCCAAUUGUACAUCAAAUUCCAAAAAUUCCUUCAAACUUUAUUCACAAAAGUGUUUGAAAAAUACGGAGUUAAGGAACAGAAUGACUCGGUACAUCACGAGAAGCACAUAAGAAAUAUUGCCAUCAAUUGGGCAUGUCAAGCUCAUUUACCAGCUUGUCUCAAUCAAUCAGCAGAGUUAUUUGACAAAGGAAUUAUGAAUUCAGAAGUUACAUUAUCAACUGAUUAUAAAGCAACAAUAAUGUGUAAUGGUGCCAUAAAUGGAGGUGGUAUAGCUUAUGGCUUCCUCUGGGAAAAUUAUGAAAAUACCCAUCAAACUUUGUAUCUAAAAUCAAUUGGAUGUAUUCAAGAUGAAGAAGUUUUAACACUUUUUAUAAAUCGGUACCAAGAUGUCGCUGAAUGGUUUACAGUCAUUCAAUCUGUUUACUCAAAUGGACCUAUUGGAUUAAAGGUCGCGAUGGAAUUCCUUGUCAAAAAUUCUGCAGCAUUUUAUACUUUCAUGACUCAACACAAUGCAUUAGGAACUCGAGAUACAAUAUUUCAAGAAAUUGCCGACCAUAUAGUCACAGAUCAAAUGUUUUCUGAUUUUAAAUCAUUGAUGAUUAGAUAUGGAAUAACUCAGAGUUUGAAAGAUUCACUUACUGCAUUGAUUGAGAAAAACUUGAAAUGGAUCGAGAAGAAUUCGCCAAUAAUUGAUAUUUUUUUGAACAGCUCUACGACUGCUGUGUCAUUGACUGCAAUUUUGUUCGGAGUUUUUGUUCAAUAUUUUGUGAGAUAAAUAAAAGAUUUUAUUUUCGAGCAGCACAAAGUUUCCUAACCCGUUUGUGCUGCUCGGAAUCAGUUCUAAUCAUUCAAUAAUUAAGCAAUAUAAAAAGUUUAUUAAUUAGCAAUUAAGGCUUAAUUUUAUUAUUACUGAGAAUUUUGUUAUCUUAUCUUCUAGGUAAGCAGUAGUUGCUCUUUUUAAUCUCAAAAUAUGUGUGUAGACAUCAUGUCUGCGUAAACUUUGAUGAUAUUUUUCUUGUUGACACAGUUUUAUCAACUAAUGAUUAAGUAUGGAAGUGUUGUAUUUCACAGUAAGUGCAUUUUUGUUGUUGACAUUUCCGAUAGCUUCAAUGUUAUCAUCCUUAAUUUACUAAUAUCUAUCCAUAUAUCGUAGUUAACUUCAAAUUAAUCCUAAUGUUAUGCAUAUCUAGUCUUGACAAUGUUGAUUAAGUCUUAAUAAUCUCUCGAAAUUAACAAUCUAUUUGAUUAAAUUAGGAUCAGCACGUCGUGCACCUUGUGGAUAAUUAAAGAAUCCAUAAAAGAAGUAAUAAGUGAACUUAAUUAAUGCCUUUGAAGUUGCUUUUUUCACUUUUUUCAGGGCCUUGAAAUUUCUGUUCUUCAUCAUUUCAAAUUUUUUUUCUUGUUCCACUUGUUCUUGUCUGAAUGAAUUAUCAAAUGCGACUGAACGAUUGAUUCUGAAAAAAU